AUUGGCUAAAAAGCGAAAAGAGACAUUGAGCAGUACACGGCAGGAAAUGACUGUGAUGGUGAAUUCAAUGGAUAAAAGCUACACUGAGCAAGGCACCAACUGUGAUGAAGCUUUCUCUUUCAUGGACACACACAAUCUAAAUGGGAGAUCUGUAUCUUCACCAUCUUCAUUUACAAUGAAAACUAAUACACUGAGCACGACAGUGCCUAACUCUUAUUACCCAGAUCCAUUUGUGCCAACUGCAAUUUUAGUGCCAAUCAAUGAUGAAACCCAUACGAUGGUCAGUGACACAAGCAGCCUGGUUCAAUCCCAUACCUACAAGAAGCGAGAUACAGCAGAUGUGCCCUACCAGACUGGACAGCUUCAUCCAGCCAUCCGUGUAGCUGACUUACUGCAGCACAUCACCCAAAUGAAGUGUGCAGAAGGCUAUGGAUUUAAAGAGGAGUAUGAAAGUUUCUUUGAAGGACAGUCUGCACCGUGGGAUUCAGCUAAGAAAGAUGAGAACAGAAUGAAAAAUAGAUACGGGAAUAUCAUUGCAUAUGAUCAUUCUCGAGUGAGAUUGCAGCCCAUUGAAGGAGAAACAAACUCCGAUUACAUCAAUGGAAAUUAUAUUGAUGGUUAUCACAGGCCGAAUCACUACAUUGCUACACAAGGACCGAUGCAAGAGACAAUAUAUGACUUCUGGAGAAUGGUAUGGCAUGAGAAUACAGCCAGCAUAAUCAUGGUUACUAAUCUCGUAGAAGUGGGAAGGGUUAAGUGCUGCAAAUACUGGCCGGAUGACACAGAGAUAUAUAAAGACAUUAAGGUUACUCUAAUAGAAACAGAGCUCCUCGCUGAAUAUGUGAUUCGAACAUUUGCAGUAGAAAAGGUAAGUAUCGACAUUCACUUUUCUUUAGUAUGGUGGUAGCUGCUUAAAUAACUG